AUGAGCGACGCAUUUUGGACCGAGCUUUCCGUCAAAGACGCGUCCGGAGGACGCCAGUUCACUCGCCUUCUGGGCCUCAUGGAGACGUGUUUCUACUGGGACGGCGAGUUCAACGGUACGGCAGAUGUAACAGACCACAACACCAUCAUGUUCACAUCCCCGGCUCUUCGCAUCGACGAUCCAGACGCGGACGAGGCACGCUUUCGCGCAAUCUGGAUCGCGACGAAGCAACACCACCCCCUUCUUGCAGCUCACGUCGAAGAGUGCUCUGGGGGCGACAAGCUAUUGUUUGUCGUCUCUGAGGAUCGCAUAAACACCAUCGUACCCGGGACAUUCGAAUAUGUUGCCCAUGCGGACGAAGAUCAGACCCAGGCUGUCAUAGAACGCGGUGUCAACGGGAUUCCCCGCUGCCUCUCGCGGGACCUCCCCGCUGCCAUCACGGUCUUGCGCCGCUCGGAGACAGAAUAUGAUCUUGUGGUGACCGUCGCACAUCUAAUCUUCGACGGGAUAUCAUCCUUCGUUCUCUUGAACACGCUCUGCGAUCUCCUCUCGCGAUGGCCAGACUCGCUGGAGUCUCCAUCCACGGAUCUGGCUACACGACUAGCGAUGGUGCCAUUUUGCGACUCACUGCAUGCCAGUCCGUCUACACCGACUCCACGUCUACGUUGGAAACGUGCCAUAGGCAGUGUCAUCAUGCGUCGGCGUUUCGCAGCUCUCGAGGGCGGACAGACGAUCCCGGACAGACGUACGCCAUAUACGCCCCAUACUCCUGCGCUAUCUCGUGUCAUACGAACAUGGCUGGAUCCCGUAGCCACUGCUGCUGCGGUUGUGACGUGCCGCGCGCAGGGCGCCACGCUAGGACAAGCCCUUGCCGUGGUCGGACAGUUUGCCGCAUCGCGCAUGCUACACCGGCGCGUUGAGGUAGGCUUGCUUUCGAAAGCGGAGUGGAAUCGACGACGCACAACACCAACGAGGACAACCGGCCCGCUGAAUCUGCGUCCCCACUUGGAGACAUCCUGGAAAGUGGUGGCCGGCCAAACCGUUCUUGUCACUACCGUCGGCACUUGGUAUGCCAAGAUGCCAUUCAUGCCGGACGCUGGCACGAGUGGACGCUAUUCGGAUACCCUAUCACCAGCGCGCUUCUGGCUCCGCGCUCGAGGCGUGCGACGGGAGGUUGAAGCAUAUCAGCGCCAUCCGCUGCUGCUGGAGAUGAACCGCGCUAUGCUCCCACCUCGAAUUGCGAGGACGCGGUCCGCAGCAAUGUCGCUUCGACGCAAAAGUGCCGGCACAGCGCAAAUUGAUGGCUGCUUCGAAGUCGGCGAUGUGGGCCGUGAACCAGGCGUGUAUUUGCAUAGCGGAUCAAGUAUCGGAAACGUUGAUGUCUAUUGUCCAUACUUCUUUCCAGUCAAACGGGAUGAUGGGCCGGUAGAGACUCGGUUACGUCGCCUUCAAUCGCGCAUGUACCUUCGAUGUCGACCAGCCGAACUCUACCUUGGAGCAGCGACGAUCCAAGAAAGGCUGCAGGUCUUCAUCUACUUCGAUGCGAACGUAUAUACAGAGGAAGACGUGCAGGAAUGGCUGCAUGAGGUUAAGGAGGCGAUGAUGUGCUACUUGUGUGAGCAAACAAAGGCAUCGAGGACUCUGACAAGGGCAAAUCUCUGA